UUUGAGGAAUAGAGACUAGCGUGCGUCGGUGUGUAUUGGAAAAAGAAUGAGAUGCAACAUUUGAAGCAUGAUUUUCACAACGUGAUUGGAAUGCAAGAAAUAUAUGGGCGAGACAAAUGAGAAAGAAGCAUUUUGAUUUACAAUCACCACAUUAGAUAAAAUAGUUAUUAUUCUCUGAAAUCACCUACCGUAUUCAGAGCGGAAGAAAGAAGAUUAAUUUUUCUUCUUCUUCUCCUUUUGUUUUUCUUUCUCUGUGAAAAUUCUGAGUUUUCGAUACUCUAAAGUCAUCUGGGUUAGGUUGGGUUGUGUUGAUCUGUGAUGGAAGAAGGGAUUAUUUGCCAGUGGAGCACGUUUAGAUCUCUCUUGGCAAUCCUUCAAUGGUGGGCUUUCAAUGUCACUGUUAUCAUCAUCAACAAGUGGAUCUUUCAGAAAUUGGAUUUCAAGUUUCCAUUAUCGGUAUCUUGCAUCCAUUUUAUUUGUUCAGCCAUUGGAGGGUAUGUGGUGAUUAAGGUGUUGAAGCUGAAGCCAUUGAUAUCAGUUGACCCUGAAGAUCUUUGGAGAAGAAUAUUUCCUAUGUCAUUUGUGUUCUGUAUUAACAUUGUAUUGGGGAAUGUUAGCUUACGGUACAUACCAGUUUCUUUUAUGCAGACAAUUAAAUCAUUCACCCCUGCAACAACAGUUGCUUUGCAGUGGCUGGUGUGGAGAAAAUAUUUUGAUUGGCGAAUUUGGACUUCUCUUAUACCAAUUGUUGGAGGGAUUCUUCUCACAUCUAUCACAGAGCUUAGUUUCAAUAUAUAUGGGUUUUGUGCUGCUUUAUUUGGUUGUUUGGCUACAUCCACAAAAACUAUCUUUGCUGAGUCUUUGUUGCAUGGAUACAAAUUUGAUAGCAUAAACACAGUUUAUUACAUGGCCCCUUUUGCAACAAUGAUCUUGGCAAUACCUGCUUUGCUAAUUGAAGGCUAUGGAGUUUUUGAGUGGCUAAGUACUCAUUCAUAUCCUUGGUCAGCACUCGUCAUUAUUUUCAGCUCCGGAGUUUUGGCAUUCUGUCUUAACUUCUCCAUUUUUUAUGUGAUUCAUUCAACCACUGCCGUAACAUUUAAUGUUGCUGGAAACCUUAAGGUUGCUAUUGCUGUUCUUGUUUCAUGGCUAAUUUUUAGGAACCCAAUAUCAUACUUAAAUAGUGUUGGAUGCGCCGUGACUCUUAUGGGAUGUACAUUCUACGGUUAUGUCAGGCAUAUGCUCUCCCAACAGCAACCACUUCCCGGAACUCCUCGGACACCUCGGACACCUAGGAGUAUGAUGGAGUUGCUUCCACUUGUAAAUCACAAAUUAGAAGAUAAGGUAUAA